UCCCAUAUGUAAUAAUAAACGAGGGUUGUACUAAUGUGUAUAUGUUGGUUUUCAGCGUAUUUCCUAAAUCCCAAAUACCACUACGGCCGGAACCUCUUCGAAGAUAAUUCAUUAAAGAGGGUUGUGCAUAAGGUGUACGAUCACUUAUUCCUCGACUGUCCGGGGAAAGGCACCUUUGGUAGUGAGAUUGUUAAAUUCCGCGACGCAGUUGGGAUGUUUGGGUGUCACCCUGCAAUGAAGUCAAGGAACGCCAUGAUGCCAUGCGAAUGGUGGUCCAUGUAUGGGACUGACUGUGAGGUUUUACAACAACUAGUUGUCUGUGUGCUUGCACAGACGGUGUCCUCGUCACCCUGUGAAAGGAAUUGGAGUACAUUCUCCCUCAUACAUACCAAUAAACGUAAUAAAAUAGGGUAUGAGAGGCUUCAGAAGCUAGUAACUGCUAGAAUUAUCAUCGCUAAUCCAUCUACAUCCAUGGGCAAUGUUGAUGAAGUCUUCCCUUUCGAGUCUCUUGGAUGGGACAGAGGUUCUACUGGUUCCAGUGAAUAUUUGGAUUCCUUCUAUCAAAGUACUAUCUUCAGAGGAAGUAGGUGGCUUGAACAUAGGGAUCUGAGAGAAAAGACUGCCUUUCAGAGGGACUGGGGUUGGUACUGUUACUGUGUCAGGCUCCUUCCCCUUUCCUGCCCUUGCGGGAAUGGUCCACCCUUACUCAAUUCCGAAGUCGAUGAGGAAUUGCGGAACUAG